AUGCCGGUUGUAGAGGUCAAGAUUCGCGGGAAAUUACAAAGAAAACAAAACAAAAUGGAACAGGGUAUUGUCAAAGAGGAUAAAAAGGCGUAUAAUUUUCAGUCUUCUCGCGUAUUUUUUGCGGAAACCGAUAUUCCAGGAGCUGCUUUAAGUGGAAGAAAGCCAGAAGAACUAAAAGUAGAAGAACUUAAGCGAUGGCUAAAGUGCAGAGAAGCAAAGACAUCCGGAAAUCGUCUUCAACUUAUACAAAGAGUGAAAGACUAUAUUUCUAGUGGCCUCGACAAGAAGGUUUCUAACCCUGACGGUAAAAUAUUGGAAAAGAAAGCAGAUGCUGGUUCGAAUAGAAAAAUCGAUGAAUGGCCAAAAGAGGGCUGGACAUUGAAUCUCGAGAAUAUUCCACCUUUCAAGCAUUGUUACAUUUUUGACUAUUUAUCUGGUGGACGAAAUGAAGAAGAAAAGAGACGUGGAGCAUUUAAGUGUAAACGGGAAGGAUAUCAACCUUCAAAAUGUCCCUAUUAUACCAGACCCUCAGAACAAUUCCCAGAUGACCUUGAUUUGACAAAUGAUAGCUUUAAGGAAGUCUGUAGGGGAUAUAUAAACAAUAUUCAACUUGCUCUUGAAGAUAUUGAGGACAUAGAGAGAUCUACAAGAGGGCAAUCUAAAUAUGUAAAAUGGUUUGAGUUCAGAAAAGGCAGACUUACAGCAUCAAGGUUUGGUGAAAUCAAAAACAGGAGAAUAACUACCCCACCAGACAAACUUGUUCAAGAUUUAUUCCAGUACAAACACAAAACUACACCUAUUCAGUGCAAAAUGGGACUAGAAAAGGAACCUGCUAUUAUCAGUAAAUAUGUUGAGCACCAAACCAAUAAUGGGUUUAGUAAAAUUAGAGUAGCAGAGAAAGGCCUUAUUAUUUCUAAAGACAACCCAGUACUUGCAGCAAGUGUUGAUGGUGAGGUAACAGAUCCUACUAAUAAAUACAAUCCUGUUGGUAMUCUUGAAGUAAAAUAUAAAUUAUUUCCUCCACACUUAAAGGAUGAGCUAUCUACAACCCAAGGAAAACUCUUAGAACUUGUUGCACAGAAUGAUAAGUCAUUUUGUCUGGUUAAAACUGACUCUGGGCUUAAGCUAAAACAGAAGCAUAAAUACUAUGCACAAAUUCAAGGAGGCAUGGGCAUCACUAACAAACCCUGGUGUGACUUUGUUGUGUAUACAGAUUUCAAUGAAACUGAAGAUAUACAUAUUGAAUGGGUGUACUUUGAUCCAUCAUACUGGGAGGCACUGAAGARAAAACUACUUGACUUCUACAUGUGUGCCAUGGUCCCAGAGCUACUGACAGCCCGGGUAAAAAGAGGCAUCCCCAUGUACCCUAAUGUUUUUCAAUAUCGUCAGAAAUCUACCACAUAGGUAAGGAACCCUAAG